ACCAUAUCCGCCAUUUUUUAAAAUGAAGCUUCAAUGGGACGACAUUAUGACCGAAGACUUUGACAUCCAUGCAUGAAUUUUAUGUGCAAAAUAUGCAUAAAAUGUGAAUAAUUAUAUGAAGUGUGAUACGAAAGAUCAGAUUAAUUGAAGAAACCUAGCAACAGAAAUGGAGAUUCGUUCAGCAUUAACAUAAAGAUGAUUGUGGAAUCAGGUCCUCCUCCUGAUAUAGACAUGGCAUCAGAGUUACCUCCCCUGUCAGUAGAUACCAUGUCACAGGUCCAGUUGACAGAAUUUAUUCCACAUUUAGUAUGUCUAGUCACAGGAAGGGAACAACCAUACUUUGGUAAAAAUCAGUACAAACCGGUAUGGUGGCCUGAUGGUGUGGCAUGGACAACUCCAGAUGAAGAAUCAGAUAAUACUUUAGCAUUACGGAUAAAAGCCCAAGAAUUAAGAGCAGUUGUAAGAAGUUGUUAUAAACAUCUGGGCCAGGAAAGUUUAUUGGGAGGAGCUUCUGAACCAUCAGAGAUAACAAAGGAUGAGGUUCUAGAAUCUCCUGCUAUUCAAGACACCAGUGUGCCUGAUACAGGAGGUGAUUGUCAAGAAAAUGUUGAAGAUCCUAUAUGGAUAUGUUUUCUGUGUGCUCAACAAUUUGCCGAUCAGGAGGAAUUAAUGACUCACCAAGACAAAUGUGAAGAAGAGGCUGAGAAGGAGGAAGAAACUAAACCCCCACCCCCACCCCCUCCUCCUCCCUCACCUCCGGUGCAUAGAAAGUUAAGACCCCGUCGUACUAAACCAACACACAUAGUUAUACAGCCUCAAACGGCACAAUAUCAAGUCCAGCCAAUUAAAUUAGUCUGCCAUAGGAGGAGACGAUUUACACCAGAACCUUAUAUUCCUCCCAAAACGGAGGAUUUUCUUAAAGCUCUUAAUUUAUCAGACAAACCAAAGGAACCUCCUAGAGUUGUUACUCCUGUCUCAGAUAUUGAUAGUGAUUGUGAAAUAAUUGAUGUCACAUAUGAUGAAUCUGCGGUAAAGACGCCCAGAACUCCCAAAUCAUUAAUGUCACAGUUGAGUAGAGACACACAUAACAGUUGUAGAAAACGACACUUAAGUUUUACUCAAGCAUUGGAACUUCCUGAGGGGUAUAGCUCAGAAGACUCUGAGAGUGAAAAUGAAAGUGGAUCUCAGAAAAACAAAUUGAAAACUCCACUUGGAACUUUACUUUGUGGCAUUGAUUUAACUUCACCAUUAGGACAGAGGGUUAAGAAACACUGGAAGAUUGAUACUAAUUAUUCAAUCAUUAGUGGAGAUAAAAUAGAGCAGUUUUGUUCUGGACCAAUGAAAAAUGAUUUUGUGGAAAAAUUACGUCACAGGGGAGAAUCUUCAUACCCAAUUGUAUUCAAUAAGAAGAACCGAAGGCAUAUGUCAAAACAUAAACAUGCAUAUAAAUUUAACUCAGGACAAAGAAAGGAAUUCAUGAUGCGUUUAAAAACAGGACUUACAAAAAGAAGCAGAAAAUUAUUGGAGGACAUAGUCAAAUGUUGUGUUAAGCUUGAAAGAGUGAAACCAGGAGUGAUAAGGAGAUGGUUAAGACCUAAGCCCCCUCCACCCUAUCCGUAUGCAUACAUCCGUAGAAUGUAUGAACAGGAACAUCCUAUUAUUAAGAAAAUAGUACAGAAACCCAAACCUGGACCUAAAUAUGCCAAAUUAAAACAAAUAACUGAUGGUCUUCGCAAAUUAAACAGGCCUCACAAUCUUCUUCCAAAUCAGCGAAUGUUUUCUAAAGUGGUUCAUAACCCAGAUGGUUCUACAAGUAUGAGAAUGGUUUACCCACAUCCCACUGCCCCAGUUAGACCUCAGUUCGGCAAUGUGCCAGGCAAUAAUAGGCGAAAACAAACAUUUAAUCAAAGUACGGUGCGACAGAUCAAUCCAGAUGACAUUGAAAUAAUUGAACUCUCAUCUUCUGAUGAGGAAGGUGAUAAAGCACCUCAGCAACCUCCUCAGACAGCUUCACUUCCUCAGAAAGGGAUGACCACAUUUAAAAACAUAACUGGGGUUGCACCAAGUCCUCAGCUAGCAAGAAGGAUGGCAGUUCCUAAUUCACAAAAGGUAUUCAGGUCAAAUCAGCAGCAUUUGUCGGGUUUAAUGUCACCAAGAAUGACUUAUUACCCAAGACUUCAGCAACAAGUCUCAAGGCCUAUUAGUCCUUCAAAUACCAGAGAAAGAAUAUUUCAAGGUGUAAGAGGAAUAUUAAGUCCGUCGUCAUUACAAAAUAAAUCUCUUACUACUAUACAUUCCUCACCUCCAGGCGCAAGUACUUGUAAAGAACUAAUGCAAAAUUCCAAGCCUGUAUCAGGUUUGAUAAAUAGAGCAAUGUUUAAAGAGACACCACAGAUUCUUAGAACCUCUCAGAAUAGUCCAUCCAAAUCAAUGAACAAAAAUUCACCAAAAGCAGCAGGUUUUCCUGGGUAUGUUCGAAUGGACUACACAGUUCCUGCUGAUUCAGAUUCUAGUUCAGUAGGUGCAAGCUUUAGUGUUAAGUAUACAAAUGGAUCCCCAGUCAUAUCUAAAACUGUGGUCCAACCUGUACAGACCAACAGAUCACCAUUAAUUACUGGGUCACAGCCAAAACCACGAGAUCCUAUAAUGGAGUCAGACGUCAUUGUCAUUGAUGAUGAAGAUUGAUUAUAAUUAAUUAUUUAUUUAUCAUAGUCAUGCUGGUAUUCAUGGUAGUUUACUUCUUUUUGUGUUUCUGAAAACAUCAUGUUCUAUGGCAAAAAAAGUUUUGUAUCUCGGAUUUUUUUUGUGUGUUAUUUCCUUGUACUUUAAUUUCUUAUUUAAGCAAUAUACCUUGAUGCAAUAUGAACAUGAUGAAUAAGGCAUUCAUUUGACAAAGUUAUUUCAGACUUCUACUCUAUGUUCCAAAUUAGAAAGUUCAAACUCUAGUUCAUUUAAAUUAUCUUCUAAACUAUUUACUUUUAUAAAUUGUAACUUGGAUGGAGAGUUGUCUCAUUGGCACUCAUACCACAUCUUCCUAUAUCUAUAAGCAUGAUAUAAUAGAAGGUUAUUGCAUGAAUAUUGGGGAAAAUUGUCCUUAGUAGAUUUUUAUGAAGAAUUGAAUGCUUCUUUUUGUAAUUUUAUUGGGGUGUGAAAGCUUUUACAGAAUCACAUUUUGUAUGAAGCACAGAAAAGCUUCACACUAAAAAAUGCUGCUCUCAACUCUUCUCAACCUUAUAUAAUUACAUAAAGAAGCAUUCAAUUCUGUAAUAUAUCUACAUUUGUAUGUUGCAACCAUGAACAUGAUGAAGAGUUAAAUCAAGCCUUUUUCUUUUUUUUUAUGAUUGUUUUAAAGAGUACAUGCAGUCAUAGAAAAUGAUUAUAGCAUGAACUUGCGUGUGCAAAAUAAAUUAUAAGAAGGAUAAUAUUCACCAAUAUUUAUGCAAUAACCCUUUUAUUGUAUAGUAAUGCUUGUAAAACUCUUUAAGAUAUAUUUUUGUCACACUGACGUCACUAAUUUGAAGCUUUAUUUGCACGUGCAAUACAAUAAAUUAUUACACACCAACCUUUGAUUAUGAUCAAAAUGAAAUUUGGUCUUGCCAUGCAAUUAAUAUGGAUUCAACCACUGCAUCAUGUGUGAUACAAUAUUCUGCUCUGAAAACAUCUCAUAUAUUCAUUCCUGACUGUCUUAUAAAAAACUGCCUCAGAUUAUUUGUAAAUGGAAUCGGUUAUUUCUUCAUUUAAAAAAUCAUUAAAAUUUUUAUUAAUAAAUUAUUAAAUUAUAUGAUACAUUUAUUACCCAAAGAAGUUAGUUUUACAGCAAUAUGUGUUUGAAGAAAAA